AUGCCGAAGGACAAGCAAAAGGUUCCCAGUGUGUAUCUCCACACAGAAUCUAUUGCUCUCGACAAUCACGAUGAUGGCCUCAAAGCUUGCCCUUCCUGCGGGGGACGUUUCAAGCCUAUGGGCCUCCCCAGACACAAAGCAACAUGUAUAAAGCGGAUGGCAGAUUUGGCGCAAGACCUUCAAUUAGACAAGCAGCUUCGGAAAGAAAAAAAAGAAGCGAAAAAACUAGAGAAACAAUUUGCAGUGGGAUCUUCGUCAAAACAUGUAUGGGAAAACACCGACACCAAUUUUGACGUAGAAGAUAACUAUGGAUCAUCUCGUUUUCAUGAUGCACCCCCUGUCGGGCUGAACUUCAUGGGGGAAAGUCUUCAAAUAGAUGAUAUCAAAACUGAGUACCACCCUACAAGUGGCCGCACUGCAAAAGUGGACCAUUUCUCUGAUUUCAAACGUGGAUUUUCUGGCAAAGCACGCAUCAAAAACUCAUGUCCGUGGCAGCCAUUCAAAUCCCGGGUCGACUUUGAAUUUGCGGAGGUCGCUCUUGAAGCAGCGUUAAAUAAAGACCAGAUAAAUAGAUUAGUCAAGGUCAUUCACCAGAGUAUACAAGACCCUGGCUCGUUCACUCUGAAAGAUCAAUCUGACCUUUACGAGACAUGGAAGAUUGCUUCUCAUGCCCUAACUCCGUUUGAAAAGACUGUAAUCAAUGUACCAUAUCAAGGCAAAGACCAUUCCUUUGAUGUUCAUUUUCGUUCGCUGUGGGAUUGGGCAUUGGACUUAUUAGGGAACCCGCACCUCUCAGAGCACUUUGUAUUUGAUGCCGAACGGCUUUCCAAAUUUAACGGUGACAAUUUUGUACAAUUCAUUGACGAACCAUGGACAGCUGGGGAUUUCUGGGAUAUUCAAUCAAGGCUUCCAGAUGGUGGAAAGCCUCUAUGUUUUAUUUUAUAUGCUGAUAAAACAAUUCUGUCUUCUUUCGGGACUGUAAAGGGCUAUCCCGUAAUUGCACGAUGUGCAAACUUGCCCACUGAUAUCCGAAAUGGUACAGGUGUCGGAGGUGGAAGAGUUGUAGGGUGGCUUCCGGUGGUGCCGGAAGAUGAGGAACAUAAGGGUAAAAAGAGUUUUGCUAACUUCAAGAAUGUCGUAUGA